GUUUUGCCCUCGUGGUGGAGCCCGGAGGCCGCGGAGGGGCAGUUGCUGCAGGUGCAAAACCGCGUCCGCCAGUUCCCGAACAAGUUGGAUUCCCUGGCGAAAGCCAAGAAAAAACGGGAAAAAAUGAUUUGCCCGAGAAUUCUCGCGGAAAGAGCCACGCCGCACGGAAAGUGCAACUUUCUACUCCGGGAAAUUUGGGAACUGGCAGUGGGUGGUGCACCUCCAGCUGGGAACAUGAUCACCAUGAACAACGAUGUUGACACGAAGAACAAGAAGUGCUGUGAUUCCGCGCUCCUCAAGGGCAAAGGGAAAGCAGCUUCAAAUAAGAUGAAUAAAUCUUCGUCUUCUGCUGCUGACACAGUCACGAGCUCCUCUUUGCGAGUUCGUUGGCAUCGCGCACUGGAGAAUCUUCGCCGGAGUCAGAACCUUCUCAAGCACAACGCCACAGCAGGCCGGAGUCAGAAUCUUCUCAAGAAGAAUGCUGCAAAGAUGAAAAGGAACGACAAGAAAGACACAAACACGACUUCGGCGGAUCAUCAUUUACAACAGCAAAAGGAGAGCGAGUGCGACGAGAGCGUUCAUCACAUUGACAUUGACCACAAUCAAACUGAGAACUCGGCGUCGGAUGAAGUACCAGCGAGCCACAGCGUUACAAGUAAAAUCCCGACUUGCGUCUCCUGGAUUCGCCAAGCCUUGCUCGAGAUCCCCG